AUGGCUGGCGUGGCUGCAGUACAGUCGGUGGUUCUACUGCUGAUAUCUGCGAUGUUGACAAACAAAGUGAGCACCAAGAUCAUCGAUGACCGUUUCCUGUCCGACGUUAACCUGGAGCACUAUUACGUCAUCGAAGAGAACGCCCUGAGCAAUGCUAAUGUUUUACUCAGAGAUGAUUAUUUCGGCGCAGACGAGGAGGAGUUGGAAGAGGACCAUGAAAAACAUACGCCAAACUUGACCAGUUUUAUCAGCGUCAUCAAUGAAGCCAAAGCGGUCCAUCGAUUGGCUGGCCCCCACCUGGAGUCAUUCUUAGCUCACCCAGUCAACGUCUACCAUUUAUUCCGUCGCUUAGACAGCGGCUGGAGGGAAGGGUUACAACUUCUGUUACAGUCCAAGCCAUGCAGGAAAUGGAACUUGCCAAUGAUAGUGGGCCGUAUCCGCUAUCUGAUCGACAACCUGCCAGGCAGGGAGGAGUCGGGACGAGUUGUUGAUUAUAUCGCUAAAUUACAGAAUAUUUACGGAAUACCAGUCAAGGACAUCGUCCGUGGAAGGAUCGGGGGCGUCCAAGCGCUGAAACCAUUGACUGUCGAGGAGCAGUUCGAGAUUGUCAAGGUUCUUCACGACAAAGACGACAUGAGGACUGCCUUGGUGUGGCUGCAGCAAAUCUACGAACACAUGUCAGGUCUGACUUUGGAGCAGAAGAGCUCCCUCGACUUUAAACAGACAGACAUACUCAAUCUCAUGUCAUCUGCAUAUUAUGCUAUAAAACAUGUUUCUAAAGCUCUGGAAACAACAGAACAAGUUCUGGCAUUAGAUCCAAACAACGGAAUUGCAGCAAGCAACCUUAUCUUCUUUAAGAACAAACUGGCAAUUGAAAAAGAAAAAAAUGAGACAGGCUUGAAUAAUGCAGAACUGAAUACAGUAUCUGUACGGAAACAGCUGCCUAAGUAUGAACGCCUGUGUGGAAGGAAGAGACAGAAAGCAACAAGAAAGAGAUGUCGACUUGUGCGGAUCGGGCUGAUAUUCUACAAGGUGGAGCCACUGCAUUACAAGCCUCCUAUUGUAAUCUUCCACGACAUCAUACGCAGUAAAACAGCAGAUGUCUUAAAAAGUUAUGCUCACGAUACUCAAACGGAACAGGCUUGGAUCUCAGAGGAGACAUUCAGCCCUCCAGAACUUGGAGUGGUUUUAAACUUACAGGAGAUGACGACAAGCUCAAUGAAGAAUGAGACUAUCAGCCUCAAGAAGCACUUGCUGUCCUUGUCUAGCCUGGCUGAAGGAGAACCAGAGGCCUGGGAUCAAAUCCAGGUGAUCAAUGUUGGAUUGGAAGGCAUGCAUCUGAGGGAACAUAGGAGGAACCUCCGUCUGAACCCACCAGAGAAGCAGGGGAAGUACAGGAAGGAAGCAGGAGCAUAUUAUAUUUUUCUGAAUGAUGUCAAGAUUGGUGGAGAGGCUGUCUUCGUGGAUGAAAAUAUCGUUGUACAUCCUGAGAAGGGCAGCGUCCUCUUCUACUAUCACUCGAAGACGUCCCUUCACAGCUUCUGCCCUGUCAUUGGGAGCUCUCUGUGGGUUGCCGUCCAACCUGUGAGAUACAAGUUACGCAACUACUGCGUUGAUGACGAUGAGUGGCUCUGA